AAGGUUAAAGAUCACUAUUUUUGUAUGAAAUGUGUAUUUAUAAAAGUGGGAAGUAUCAGAACAGAUAACUACGGAAGUAACGAACAACCAAACAUGAAUCCUUCCUCGCUAUGUUCUGUUCAAACGUUCCCGCCAAUAUCUCACUCCGCAUUGCUUUACCGCCACCGCAAACCGGCGCAUGAUAGCACCGCCGGCGUAAGGCGGAGAGCUUCAUACGUAGUUUGUGCUGAAAGAAGUAGCCGAGCUUCCACGCGAAGCGCUGAUGAUUACCAUGCCACUCUCAAAGCUCUCAAAUCCAAAGGCAGAUUCCCCAGAAAAUCUCUUGGCCAGCAUUAUAUGUUGAAUUCUGAAAUAAAUGACCAACUUGCUGGUGCGGCCGGUAUUGAACAAGGCGAUGUUGUGUUGGAAAUUGGACCUGGAACUGGCUCCCUGACUAAUGUUCUUUUGAAUUCGGGCGCAUUCGUACUUGCAGUUGAAAAGGUCUGGUCAUUUUUUACAAAGAUCCCAUUGUCUAAGCACGAGUUU